CCCGGUGUUCGCAUCGCCCUCGCGAGCCUCGCCUAGCCUUCUCCCCCCAGCCCAGCCCAGCCGCACCGUCUUCUUCCUCCCACCCCGCCCACGCCCAGCCCUACCCUACCCUACCUCUCCCUUUCCGCAAGGGCCAGAUAGGAUUUGGUAAGGUUCUUCCUGCCGCCGCCGCAGAAAUCCUCACGGAAACCGGGCCUUGGGGGCCAAGCAACCCAGCGAACCUAACUCGACUCGGUUCUCUCGAUUCGUUCCUGCUCGCCCCUCCCCGUUUCUCGAUUUGAUUUGAUAUUUUUCCGGCGAAUUUCGCUUUCACGAUCGCCGGAUUCCGGGGCGCAUCGGAUUCGCGAUCGGGGGCUGGGAUUAGAUUCUCGGCCGCGGCGUAGUAGUAAUAAUUUCGCAAGGGGGGAACCCGCCCGAGGUAAUCGGCGGAGCAUCGGUUCUUCUGGUGGUGCUAGCUGUUUGUUCCCGUCCUGUGCGGCCCGAUCUCGGGGGCGAUGGCCGACGACGGGCUCGACCGGUGGCGCGGCUUCUUCCGGGGCGCGGGCGUCGGCAUCUGCGAGGCCAUCGAGAAGGCCAUCCUCGUCGCCGCCGCCGACGAGCCGCAGGAGUUCCUGCGCCGCCGCGACCGCAUCGCCGAGCGGCUCUUCAACGCGCUCCUCGCCCGCCCCUCCUCCUGCCACGGCUGCACCGCCAGCACCGGCUCCGCGCCCCCCGCCACGCCCGCCGUCGCUGAGGACAAGGGCAGCGUGCGCCGCGUCCCCGACAAGGACUGCAAGGUCGACAGCAGCAGCCUCGGCGCGCCCGGGGGCGGGGCGCUCGGCGGCGGCAUCAGCGAGGACGACGACUCUGACUCUGAGGACGACGAGCGCCUCCGCCGCGCCGCCGCCAGCAACUACGGCCACAACUAUGACGACGACAACGAGGAGGAGGAGGAGGAGGAGCAGGACGCGGCCGUGCCGGCGGAGGAGGACCACCACGCAAAGGAUGACGACCCGGAGGCUGAGGAGCUGGAGGCCCUCACCAACGAGAUCGAUGAGGAGUCGCAGAUCGUUGGGGAGGUCAUCCGCAUCAAGGAGCUCCUCCUGCACAAGCAAGACCAUUCGGAUGCUACUCUGUUCGACUCACUUAGGAGGCUGCAGCUGAUGCAAUUGUCCGUCUCCACGCUUAAGGCUACCGAGAUUGGGAGGGCUGUUAAUGGCCUUCGGAAGCACAGCUCGCAGCAGAUUCGUCACCUCGCGCUGGCUCUCAUUCAGGAUUGGAAAAUUUUGGUUGAUGAGUGGGUCAGUACUACCAACGUUGCCCUUGCAGACAACUCCCCAGGAACUUCAAACCCUUCUGUUGUGGAUGAUGAUGAUGAAGAAGAAGGCCUUCCUUCUCCACCUUUGGAUGAAGGAGCAUUCUUUGCACCUGAGACUACUGCCAUUCAACUCUCUGAGUUCUUUGACGAAAUGGAUGAAGAUGGAAACUUGAGACACAACAAUGAUGCUCGCCUUGGAAACAAGAGGGAAAACAAUGGCAGGAGGCCUGUAAACCAUUCAACUGUGUCAAAACCAGAACUUACUCGACCUGUUGGAACUGUUGAAAGAGAUCAGUUCAGGAGACCAGAAUUGACAAGGCAAGAACCACCAAUGAGGCAUACAAACCAGCAAAAACCUCAAGGUUCAAAUUUGCAAGCCAAGCCCCAAGGCAUGCUCAACAAGCAAUCCAGGCCCCUGAGUUCUGAUUCUGGAUCUAUGAGACCAAUGAAGGCGGCUACUCAACAGAAGCCCAUCGGUGAGAUGAAGUACAAACAGACUCAGGAACACUUCGGCGUCGAAAGAAAACCUGCAAUGGGUCAUGUGGAUAAAUCAAGGCUUCGUGCACAGCCUUCAUCAGGAGUCAGGUUAGAGUCGGCAAGGCCAAAGACCCAGGAUGGCUUGGAAAGCAACGUAAGGUUGGAAGUAGCCAAGCGUAGGCUUCAGGAACGUUACCAGGAAGCUGAAAAUGCAAAGAAGCAGCGCACGAUACAAGUAAUGGAGCUGGGCGACAUACCAAAGCCCAAGAGUAACACCAGGCAACCUAUGGUGAAGUCAAGGAAUAACAUUAGAAGUAGGGUACUUGGCCGGCGCUGAUUCUUGUGUGAUGUUUUCCUUCACCUGAUGAAUUUGUCGCCAUGUCGAGCUGGUCCAAAAGGAAGCAGCUGAACUUGGUUGCCAGGACCAAAACCAUAUUUUUGAACAUAAGCACCUUCACCUCUGAUGGAGAGUUAUCCUUGAAGUUGCGAGAGUCGCGCUGGAUGCAAUAAGUUAAGCCUUUUGCUUUGCAUGCAUUCUCCGCUCUUGCGUUGGGGGCUCGGGAGAGUUUAGUCAUGUCUUGAUAAUCUGAGAGUGGACAUGUAGUUCAUCCUGUAUCGGCUGGUUAAUUUUUCUUCCACUUUACUUGGGAAGGAAGCUGUAGAUACUCAGAUAGAACAAUUAUCAAUAUUCGGUACAUUUCACA